AUGGGGGGCUUCGACGAUGCCUUCUAUCAGGCACACUAUUCCGUGCCGGAUCACCAACUGGGCCCCCCCGCAUACUCCAAUACCCAUCAUCCCCCUCCGUUGAUGUCUUAUCCCAGUUCCGACCACAUUCCGCCCGGUUCCUUUGCCUACCCGCCGUCUCAUGCCUCCUCCGAUCUGCUCGCUGCCGGUAUCCCAGCAACCUUUCCCGCCCAUCCUGAUGACUUCUCCUUCCAGCCGCCGGCCCAUCACGGCCUCCAUGCUUCGUCGCAUGCUGCUACCCUCGCUGGUCACCUGUCCCAUCCCAUGCACGCCUACGAUCCGUUAUCUGCGCCUGCACACUCGAUGCCGAUGGGUCCCUUUUCAUACGAUGCGACCGCGUUUGGGACGUCCAUUGGACCGCUGGACCCCAGUCUCGAGCAGCAUUCGGUGCCGGCGCAUGCUCACUUAUCCUCCCAGACCAUCCACCUGGAUCCAGGCGCAGCGUAUGCGGUCGCACAAGCCCCGGGAUCCAUCACCAACGCCUACUGGAAUCAGCAGACCGCCCAUGAGAUGACUGCCCAGGCACAGACCACAGGUCCGGUUCCAGGGCCACCCGGGGACUUCGCCCGCGCGAGCGGUCCAUCGGAGGAGCAGUCACUGCCGCAGAGCCAACCUCCGGAGUUUCAGCCCUAUACCCAACCGACCAACCCGGCCGUCCCUCAUCGAUUCAUCCAGCCGAAGAGGUCGUCGCCAGUGAAGGCUGAUGCGGGUUCUCUACGGCCAAAAGGCGCUUUUCCACCCCAGGCCAAGGUGGAAGCUGGAAAUGACUCUCCGUAUGCUAGUAUCUAUUCGAAUAGUGGAUUCGAUAUCAUGGGGGUCCUGGCCCAGGUGGUGUCGCGGCCAGACCCGAAAAUCAACAUCGGUGCGGUCGACUUGUCGUGCGCAUUUGUCCUCUGUGACAUCACACUGGAGGACCACCCAAUCGUCUAUGUCUCCGAGGCGUUCGAACGGCUCACGGGCUACACCAACCGGGAGAUCGUCGGGCAAAACUGUCGGUUCCUUCAAGGCCCGGAUGGCAUUGUCCAGCGGGGCAUGCAGCGGAAGUUUGUCGAUGAGAACACGGCCUAUCGCCUACGAUCGACGAUAGAGGAGCGGACGGAGAUCCAGGCGAGCAUCCUCAAUUACCGCAAAGGCGGACAGCCCUUUGUGAAUCUGAUCACGAUGAUCCCGAUCCGCUGGGGCGGCAGUGAUUAUCGGUUCUACGUGGGGUUCCAGGUCGAUCUGGUGGAGACGCCCGAUGCCGUGACCAGACGGAAUCCGAAUGGAACAUACAUGAUCAACUAUCAACGCAAUCAAUUGCCGAAUUAUGUGGUCCCGCCGGACGUCUAUCGCUCCAACCCGGAUUUAGCCACCUUGUUUGACCCCAACCAAGUGUCGGCGGUGUUGGAGAGCCUGGAAGGCCCUGGGCCAUCGUACCGGCAUUAUUUGGACCGGGUCCUGGUGGAAAACAUGGACGAUAUCAUCCACGUCUUGUCCUUCGAAGGCGAAUUCCUAUACCUGUCGCCGUCCUGCCUGAAAAUAUUGGAGUAUGAACCGGCGGAAUUGGUCGGAAAAGGAUUGUCGACCGUGUGCCAUCCCAGCGAUAUCGGUUCUGUCAUUCGGGAGCUACGCGCGCGGAUCACCACCGAACCCGUUAGUGUGGUCUAUCGCAUCCGGAAGAAGUACAGUGGAUAUAUUUGGUUCGAGAGCCAUGGGUCCUGGCACAUCACCGACCGCGGCCGGCAAUUUAUGGUCUUGGGAGGGAGAGCGCGUGCCGUGUACAACUUUGAUGAGAUUGCCACGGUGGGUCGCGGGGGAUUGGCCGAAAAUGAUAUUUGGGCCAAGCUGUCGAUGUCCGGGAUCGUCUUGUUUAUCUCGUCGAAAGCCCGGCCGGUGCUGGGCCGGGUGUCGGACGAUCUGAUCGGCAAGAGCAUCCAAGAUCUGACGGGAGCGGAUACACGGGCCCAGGUCAUGGAGGCCCUCGCAGCGGCCCGUUCCGGUCAACAGGUGUCGUUUACCCACAAAAUCCGGCACAAGAAGGGACACAUGCUGCCGGUGCAGACGACUCUCAUUCCGGGAGAUAGUAAAGAAGGCGAGCGGCCUUCGUUCCUGGUCGCACAGUUGCGCUUCCACCGGCCGCUCCCGAACAACGGGGCCGACGAGUCGAGCUCCAGCUCGACGGAGACCGGACUGGUGAUUCACGGCAGCCGAGAUGCUGCCGGCCCUAGUCCGGCGGCCUCUGGCCUGUCCGGGAUAACCGGGACCAGCCGGCUGCCAGCCGGCAAUCAAGAGGUGGCCUCGCUGCGCGACCGCAGCCUGUUCACGGAACUGGCGCCGACGCGCGGAUCCAGCUGGCAGUUCGAGUUGCGGGAGCUGGAAAAGCAGAACCACAGCCUAUCGGAAGAGGUGCAACGCCUGCUGACGCGCCGGAAGAAGCGCAAGCGCAAGCAAAGCACGAUCAUGGUAGAAAAGAGCUGCGCGAUGUGUCGGACGAAGAGCACGCCAGAGUGGCGGCGCGGGCCCAGCGGCAAUCGGGACCUCUGCAACAGUUGCGGGUUACGAUGGGCAAAGCAGGUCCGGAAUGCAACCCAACCGACGACGGCGCGCGGGCGACGGGCGUGA